AUGAGACCGUUUUUACUUGGAGUGCUGGGCUGCUCCCUAGUCCUGUCUGCCCAAGCCUUUUACUCAGCUAGUGAUGAUGUUGUUGAGCUCACCCCCUCCAACUUCAACAGGGAGGUGAUCCAGAGUGACAGUCUGUGGCUGGUGGAGUUUUACGCUCCCUGGUGUGGCCACUGUCAACAUCUAACUGCUGAUUGGAAGAAGGCGGCCACUGCCCUCAAGGGUAUCGUCAAGGUUGGUGCUGUCGACGCAGACCAGCACAAGUCACUAGGAAGCCAGUAUGGCGUCAGAGGUUUCCCCACCAUCAAGAUCUUUGGUGCCAAUAAGAACAAGCCAGAGGACUACCAAGGUGGACGCAGUGGCCAAGCCAUCGUGGACGGAGCCAUGAAGUCUUUGAACGCUCUGGUGAAAGAAAGACUGAGCGGCAAGUCUGGUGGCUCCAGCUACAACAAACAGCAGAGUGGUGGUGGCGGCGGCCGUAAGGAGGAUGUGGUCGAGCUCACUGAUGACAACUUUGACAAGCUGGUGCUGGAGGGUGAUGAGAUGUGGCUGGUGGAGUUCUUCGCCCCCUGGUGUGGACACUGUAAAAGCCUGGAGCCUGAGUGGGCGGCUGCAGCCUCAGCUGUGAUGGAACAGACCAAGGGCAAAGUUCGCCUCGGAGCUCUGGAUGCUACUGUACACCAGGCUGUGUCCGGCCGCUACGGGGUCCGUGGAUUCCCCACUAUCAAGGUCUUCCGUAAAGGCGAGGAGCCCGAAGACUAUCAGGGAGGUCGCACCCGUGGUGACAUCAUCGCGAGGGCUCUGGAUAUGUUCUCUGACCACGCUGCUCCUCCUGAACUGCUGGAGCUCCUCAAUGAAGACACAUUGAAGAAGACCUGUGAGGACAGUCAGUUGUGUGUGAUUGGUGUCCUGCCUCACAUCCUGGACACAGGUGCGGCAGGUAGAAACGGCUACCUGGGGGUGAUGAUGAAGAUGGCUGAGAAGUACAAGAAGAAGAAUUGGGGCUGGCUGUGGACUGAGGCUGGAGUUCAGAUGGAGCUGGAGGCCUCUCUGGGUAUUGGUGGAUUUGGCUACCCUGCCAUGGCCGCCAUCAACGCACGCAAGAUGAAAUUUGCUCUGCUCAGGGGCUCCUUCAGUGAGACUGGCAUUCAUGAGUUCCUCAGGGAGCUUUCUGUGGGCCGUGGCUCAACUGCCACAUUGGGAAGUGGGACAAUGCCCAAGAUUCACACUGCUGAACCCUGGGACGGGAAAGACGGACAGCUUCCUGUGGAGGAGGACUACGAUCUCAGCGACGUGGACCUGGAUGAUGACUUUGAUAAAGAUGAGUUAUGAGCCCAAACGGGGCAGAAUCUGAUCCAGGCUGGCUAGUUGGAUCUGGUCUGGUCCUGGGCGACCCACCUCCCCUCUCCUGUGGACGAAUGGGAGGCCCGGUCGCCCAGUUACUGAAAUAUUUCAGAAAAACACAGACACCUGCAGUUUCUCACAUCUUUGUCAAUCACACGUGUACGGGAGGGGGGGGGGGGGCAGGGGAGACGUGUGUCGUGUCCCUGGAGUGAACUCUGCGUCACAUACCUGCUGAACGUUGCCUAUUUAUACGGCCGACGUCAGCUGAGGACAGGAGGGAGGAGGUUCUGAAUGUGGCAUUUCAGUCGUUCAUUCAAGUCCAUUUCAAACAUUGUUCCCCUCUCUCCUCUCCGGCCACGCUCAAGAACCUAUUUUUAAAUGUGGACUUGUCAAAGUAACACUUCAAUGUCCAACCUAAUGUGACUAUAUAUAUUUUUUGUGUCUUUAUAAACCAGUAAGUGAGCAUCUUGUUGGAUUUGCAUCAUGUCUUUCCAGGACAAGGGGAUUCUGUGGGACUUGUGUAGAUUUUUCUUACACGACUUUAUUUCAUUGUGUGAAAACAAUUUUUUUGUUACAAAAAUAAAAAGGAAUUAAAAACAA